AUGUUGGUAGGUCAGACAAAAGGUAGCACCACCACGCCGACUCUUGGGGGUGGGGGGUGGCAUCCCCGCGCGGGGACACCGUCGUCGUCCUCUGCAGCCCCGACCCCAACAUCCCGAACCACCGGAAGCUCGAACCCCCGUUUUCUCAAGUCCGCUUCUUCUGCCCUCAACCGCGGCCCAACCUCCCCGCCCAAGUUUGAUUGCCUCAACGAAUCCAUCAUUCAACACCCGACAGGCGACAGAAGUACUACCAACAUUUCCGUGAACGAUCUGGACGACUUGGACGGCAGCUUCAUACCCACGCAACACCACCACCCUCCUCAUCAGCAUUACCGAGGACAGCCUCCACAUGCAGUGGGCGGCAGAAGACUGACGGUUGUACCACCUUCGAACCAGCAACCGCACAACAACAGCACUCUCCCCACCGAGCUAAACCAUCGAAACGACCUCAUUCCGCUGGUCAUGUCGCCAUAA